AUGGAUACCUUCAUCAUAUCGCCCAAGGAAUUAUUCCAUGCAUACCGAGAAACCAUCAAGACUGUGCCAAAUAACAUCGUUAAGCGGAAGACCGUGGACGAUACUCUUGCCAGCGACUCCUGUCUUAUUUGCAGUGAAGACUUCCUCCAGAACACUGAGGUGGUGACGCUGAGAUGCAGUUGUCGAUACUGGGCGCACGAAAGCUGCCUCGGGCAAUCCAUCUUUACCACGGACCGUUGCCCUAUCUGUCGAAUCGAUACCCUUCUCUUAGAUGACGAGUAUGUCCUGGCAUCGGCUGCUCGAGAAGGGAACUUUGACCAGGUGCAACAGCUUCUAGAUUUGGGCACCAACCACUCUCCAAGAGACUUGGCUGAUGGGACGCCACUGAUGGGAGCGGCACGAGAAGGCCAUGGACCGAUUGUUUCUCUUCUACUCCGGCAAGGAGCUUCUGUGUUCGACCAUGACCGAGCCGACCGAACGGCUCUUCAUUGGGCUGCUCAAGGAGGGCAUGUUGAAGUUGCGGAAGAACUACUUGACGACGGAGCCGACGUGUCGGCGGUCGACCGAAAGGGGUCUACCCCAUUGCAUUUAGGCGCGGCGAACAGGUUCCCUGCCAUGGUUACCCGUCUUCUGGAAAGAGGAGCGUCCACGUCUGCAAGGGAUGGGGGUAAAAAAACACCUCUCCACGUAGCGGCUGAAGUGGGGGUGUCGGAGACCGUCAGGAUUCUCAUCAACAAGGGCGCAGACGUGUUGUCAGUGGAUGAGCAAGGUCGCACUCCUUUGCAUUGUGCGGUUCAGCUGGAUUAUGCGGCAGUAACCAAAGCCCUGCUCGAUGGAGGCGCCGACAUAUCUGUGAUGGAUCAUACGGGCCGUACGGCACGAGACAUCGCUCGGGAGCGGGAGGCAGAACGCAUUCAACGAGUGCUCGACGGAGAAAAAGUAGAAUUACGAGCCUUCUUCCGAGGAGAACUCAUUGAAAUUUAA